AAGCUAAAAAAGUUAAGCACAAAGCACAUCAAAUAACAAUAACAAUACACUAACUUUUCAUUUCAUUCACUUCACAUGACUCGUCCUUUCAGAUUUCUCGGCGAGCUCAACUCGUCUUCCUCCGAUUCACCUGAGUCAUCCACCGUCGUUGAUUCCGAUUUCGUCGUCAUCCUCGCUGCUCUUCUCUGUGCUCUCAUCUGCGUUCUAGGUCUUGUUGCCGUCACCCGCUGCGGUUGUCUCCGCCGCCUACGUCUCUCCUCAACCACAAACAACACUUCUCCAGCUGCACCUCCAGCUGCCGCCAACAAAGGCGUCAAGAAGAAGGUUCUCCGUUCUCUUCCAAAGCUCACAGCAACAGAGGAAUCCGCCGUGAAAUUCUCUGAUUGUGCUAUCUGUUUAAGCGAAUUCACCGCAGGAGAUGAAAUCCGAGUGUUGCCUCAGUGCGGCCAUGGCUUUCAUGUGUCUUGUAUUGAUUUAUGGCUCAGAUCUCAUUCAUCAUGUCCUUCCUGCCGUCAGAUUCUGGUAGUUUCUAGAUGCGAUAAGUGCGGCGGGAUUCCUCCUCCCGCCACAACUACGACGGCCGGCUCCAGCUCUACGGCGGCACCGGCGCCAGAUUGUGAAGGUAGAUUAAAGCAAGCACUGCAGGGUCGUUGUUGAGAAAAGGGAAAUUUAAUUAUAUUGUUAUUAUAUAAAGUUUGUAAACUGUAAUUGUAUUGAAAAAGAAGAGGGAAUAAGAUUAGUGGAUCGGUAACAUGAAUAUUUAAUUGGUGUACAG